UUUUCUAAUAAAUCAUCUCUUAAAUAAUAAACAUGCCUUCCGAAAAGUUUAGGAUCACCACCAACGGCCAAUCUCUACGUAAUCCUAACAACGCUUUUUUUGGUAUUGUCAUAAAGAAGUGUAUAUACAUAUAGAAUAUUAAAUCUGUUUUACAUUUCAUAGAUAUGACAUUGUCACCCAAUCUGACUUUGGAUGAAAGUAGUGACAUCUCCGCACACAACGACAGACGAUCGGCACAUAAUGCCCUGGAGCGUCAAAGACGGGAGCAUCUCAAUAUGAAGUUUCAGCAGCUUGCCCAUGCGUUGCCUUCACUGCAGUCUGUACGUAGACCGAGCAAGACGAUGAUUGUUGCUAAAUCCCUCGAGUUUGGUAAAUAUCACUUGUACCUUGCAAGCUAUACUUGUUUUAUUGACAUCUAUUUAUCAGUUUCUUCAAGCUUAAAAAGAGAAUCUAACUAUAUGUCAGAAAUUCAAAGGCUACGCCAAGAAAAUGAAAAGCUACGAAAGCAGGCGCAACUGGCUGCUGCCAAUCUAAAAAAGCAUCAACAAAAACAGCAACAGAAUGAAGAUAAAGAAACCAUCUCAUCUGAAGACAAUAUGUCAUCUGCUACGACACUAUGUGGCAAGAGAAAGAGUGCAGACGCACAACUUUCACCACCACCUACACCCAAGUCAUUAAAGGAAACAAAGAAGGCUAUUGAAAGCGAUGAAAACAAUGACCGACCACAAAAGAAAAGAAUGAUAAUAAAACAAGAAAAGGAAGAGAACGAAUCACUCUUGAAUGAAUCAGCCACACAAAUAAGAAGUCAAGCCGAGAAAGAAGUAAAGCCAGUAAUCAAUCAUGCUUAUCCCAAUGUUACAAACAGCAACUAUUUUGACAUGACAUCGUUUGUUUCAUCACCUUUACCUUCCAAUCAUAACAGCAACUUGAUGUAUAUGAAUACACCCAUGACCAUGUAUGAUAACACUCGUUUACUCUCCAACGUUCAAACGCCAACGUCAGAUUCGUACAACAGUAUGAUCAAUCCUAUGCUCUUUGCUCCUUAUUAUAUUCCUACCGAUGAAUUAAAUUAUUAUGAACAAGGAAUUGAUCAACUCUAUCUACCAUGAUUUGCUAUACCCACCUAUUCAUUCUCUUUACUCUUUAUUUAAUAUCCCCCUUUCUUUAUAUCUUAUAACGCGUUUUUAAAGCGCAAGAAUAUUUCAUGUUAUAUUUACAGUACAGGAUUCAAGUAAAUACGACAUGAUAGGAUUACUUUAUUUGUAUAUGUGUAUAAGCAAUUCAGUUUUGUAUAAAAUAAA